AAUCACUCCCGCAUCUCGCCAGCAUGUCGACGAUCCCCAGCUUCUCCAACUUCAACGCCUUCGAAGACGCUGCCGACAGCUCCGGCGUCGGCUCGGGCAAGGUCCACGUCCGCGUCCAGCAGCGUAACGGCCGCAAGUGUAUCUCGACGGUGCAGGGUCUCGCGGAUGACUUGGACAUCAAGCGCAUCUUGAAGGCCUUCAAGAAGAACUUUAGCUGCAACGGCGCCAUUGUCAAGGACGAAGAGCUCGGUGAAAUCAUCCAGCUCUCGGGUGACCAGCGCUCGAACGUCAAGAGCUUCCUCGUGGACCAGGAGAUCUGCCUUGAGAGCCAAAUCCAGUUGCACGGUUUCUAAGCUUGCCUCCCCUUUUCCUUGUCGUGCCUCUUGGGGCCCGGCCACUUUUGAGGCGGCUUGCGGUCACCGCGCGUCAGAUUGUGGGACCCUUUGCUGCCACCUCGGAUAAUAUACUAUUUGAUUAUGUCCUUGCGGCGCCUCCC